UUUUGUUUGUCUUGCACGUACCUAGCAGCCAUGGAAAUGAUCUACUUUCACAAAAUAUAGCAAACACAUAUUCUCUCUCAAAUCAUCAAAUCUCAAAGGUCAUCACCAUUUUUUCGCACCAAGAUUUAGAAAGUGACGUUAACUUCCACAUCUCUUUUCUUCUCACCCAAGUUGAAGAAGAUUAAAUAAAAAUCAUCUCCCAAACUUGAAGAAGAUUGAACAUUUGAUUUGAUAAUGAGUCAAACACAUAUAAAUAUUGUGGUGUUAUAUAAUGGAUCGUGGGAACAAGUUUUGAACGAAGGUUGGUCAUUUAGUGCUAAACAAAGCAAGGGUAUGAAGGUGCCAAAGACUAUCACUUACAAUAGUCUUGUUGAUCAAUUGUAUACUUUAAUCGGAGCUGACAAGUCUCGUAUUGAUCUUGACUUAAAUGUAAUCUAUCAUUUUGGAAGUAAAGGUAUCCCUCCAUCUUUAAUUAGUAAUGAUGAAGAUGUUGCUUUUUUUCUUGAUGAGAUAGGAACAUCUAUCAAUCAUCGGACACCCCUAUGUGUGUCUACUAUAGAGAAGAGAAGUAAUGAUCAUUUGGUUACUAAAACACUUGAGUUGUAUACUAUUCCUCCAGUUGAAACCAAAGUGAAUGAUGAUUUUUGCAUUGAUGGCAAUGAAGACAGUUGUGAUGAUGAUAAUAAUGAUGCAGAUGGCAAUGAAGAGAGUUGUGAUGGUGAUAAUAAUGAUGCAGAUGGCAAUGAAGACAGUUGUGAUGAUGAUAAUAAUGAUGCAUUAAGCUCAGAUGAUAAUGAAAAUAUUGAUAGGUCUACCUGCAAUGAUGUACUUGUGAAACAUAAUUUACAACAGUCAACCUCCAAUGAAGUAUGGAAGAGCCAUGAUUCCUCAAAUAAUAGAGGUCGUAAAUGGGAAAAAGGCUCUACUUCAGCCUCAACAGCUCAAUUACUGACAUCUUCUUCGAGUAUCAAUUCGUGGGAAAUAAAAGAGGGUCAAAUAUUUGAAAACAAGCAAGAGUUGAAGAUGAAACUCCAUCUUUAUGCAUUAAAGAAAAACUUUGAGUUUAAAGUAAAGAAGUCUGCGAAAAAUAUAUGGUGUACAGUAUGUGUUGAUGAUAAAUGCAAAUGGAGGUUGAGGGCUACAAAAUUGGUUAAUUCCAAUAUGUUCGAGGUUCGUAAAUUUUUCGGUGAACACACAUGCUCAUUGGAUGUUCGACAUAAAGAUCACCGUCAGGCAUCCCCAUGGCUUAUUGGACAUGUCAUAAGGACAAAAUUUGAGGGUGAUGAUGUUAAUUACAAGCCAAGGUCAAUUGUAAAAGAUAUGAGUUUAUCAUAUGGAGUUCAUAUGAGCUAUGCUAAAGCUUGGAGGUGUCGAGAGCAUGCAUUGGCUUACAUAAGAGGUACACCAGAAUCAUCAUUUCAGAAACUUCCCUCAUUUCUAUACAUGAUGGAGCAAAAAAAUCCUGGAACUGUUACUCAUUUGCAGAUGGACAAUGAAGGUAGGUUCAAAUAUUGCUUCAUGGCCUUAGGUGUUUCUAUAAUGGGGUUUAAAACAUAUAUUCGCCCAGUUAUAUAUGUAGAUGGAACCUUCUUGACUACUCGGUGUGGAGGUACUUUGUUAUGUGCCAUGGGACAAGAUGCUAACAAGAAAAUAUAUCCAAUUGCAUUUUCAGUAGUUGACUCAGAGAAUAAUGACUCAUGGUUGUAUUUUCUACUGAGGUUGAAGGAAGCGAUUGGUGAAGUGGAGAAUCUAGUAUUCGUGUCUGAUAGACAUACUAGUAUAGCAAGUGCCUUGACUAAAAUUUUUCCUGAGGCACACCACGGUGCUUGUAUACAUCAUGUUAGCAUGAAUAUCCGUGCGAAGUUCAAAACUGACCAUUGCCAUGAAGAAUUCUUCCUUGCAGUGAAAGCUUAUAGAAAGCGAGAGUUUUUACGCCAUUUUGAGAAGAUUAAAUUCAAAGAUCUUGCAAUUGCUCAAUACUUAGAGAAUCAAAACAAUGUCAUUGCUGAGGCACGUGGGUGGCCAAUUACUUGUCUCAUGGAAUUUAUGAGGCACACUUUACAAAAAUGGUUUUUCGAGCGUCGAACUGCAGCAUCAGCGGCUACAAGUCCUCUUGCCAUAGAAGUGGAAGCUGAUUUGCGAAAGUUAGCAGACAAGUCCACUACCUCGUUCUCUUUUCCGUCUAGUCAGUAUGAAAUAACAGUAUUGGAUGGUGAUCUUGAUGGAGAUGUCGACCUGAGGAGGAAAACAUGUAGUUGUAGAAGAUUUGAUUUGACAGGUCUUCCUUGUGAACACGCUCUAGCUGGUGCUCGAGAUCGUGGCAUUAGUCCAUAUAGUUUAUGCUCCAGAUUCUACACAGUUGAAGCGUGGUUGUCAUCCUAUGGUGGAUCUGUAUAUACGCUGGGUAAUGAAGAAUCUUGGGUGAUACCAAAUGACAUAGGAAGUAUGAUGAUAGCUCCUCCUUUAGUGAAGCAGAAGGCUGGUCGUCCAAAGAAGAAACGACGUUUAUCAAAGGGUGAGAAGAAUAGCAAACAACAUAGAUGUAGUAGAUGA